AUGUUCUUCUCCAAGAGUGUCAUUGCCGCUAUGGCAACCGUUGUCAGCCUCGGUCUCGCCGACCCUCUUUCUUUCACUGCCUGGCCUACUGAGCCUCUCCAGGCUGGCAAGCCCGUCACCCUUCGCUGGGCUGGUGGUGCCCACCCCGAUCAGCCCGUGACUAUCACCCUCCGUGAAGGACCCUCUGGCAAUCUGAGGGACGUUAAGGUUAUCACCGACCAAGCCAAGGACGGCAGCUUCACCUGGACUCCCGAUAGCGAUGUCAAAAGUGGUCAGACCUAUGCCUUUGAGGUCUCCCAGCAAGACGAGUUCAACUACACUGCUCUGCUCCACUCCGCUGGUGACAAGCCCGCCGAUACCCCGGAAGACAACGCCAGCACCACCGGAACCGGAGCCACCACUGGCACUACCACAGCUCCCAGCCAGACCACCACCGGCACUCAGACCACUGAUGCUGCCAACAGCAGCAAAGCCCUGAUCAGCUCCGCCGCCAGCGGUUCCGCUACCCCAUCCAGCUCCGCUCCCGCCAGCUCGUCCAGCUCAAGCAGCUCGGAUGAUGUCCCCAUGAUCACCGACAUCAGCAAUGCUAAGGACGCCUCGUCCACUGGCAGCGUACAGACUGACGCUGGUUCCCUUACUCAAUCCUCCAUGAAGUUCGUAUUGGGUGUUGCUGGUCUGCUUGUCUACCUUGUUCAGUAG